AUGGAGAGCGACUCCCAACUGGACCCGUUGCCAGCCACAGCACCGGCACACAGAGCGCGCCGUAAUAUCAAGACUGACGUAAACUACAUACCGGAGACCGAGAACAUGAACGCGUAUGAGAGCUGUAGCUCAGGAUCAAGUGAUGACAACGUCAAUGAAGAUAACAGUGACAGCGACGAUCUCAAUAGAGGUUAUAGAGAUGAACAAGACGAUGUCGUGUCGGAAGACGACGCUAUCGAGAUGGAUCAAGCAUUCGUUGACUCACUUCGACUCGGAGACGACGCCUCGAGACCUCAAGCGACGGAUGCGCAAGCAUACCCUGGGUUGAAGAUUGAGGACGCGCGCCCAGUGUCUGCUUUACGUACCGUGGCUCACUCCCCUCUACUUACUCUAUUCUAUUUCGUGCCAAAGUCUCUAUGGAUAUCGAUUGGUAUUGAAACGAAUCGAUACGGAUUGCAGCAAGUACCACGACGUGGAGAAGUGAUACGUGGAAAGCAGCCUGAUGGCCGGCGCCAAACAUUGAAGCAGAUCCGCCGCAGGUUGAAGUCGAAACGGGGGUAUGAUACCCACGAGAUCCUUCACGUUGUCGGUUUGCUGAUUGCACGAAUGCUCUGCCCCCAACAGAGGCGCUUUGCAAGUCACUGGUCGAUGGUUGAGGAUGUUGCUGUACUCGCUGGAAACUUGAAAUUGCUUACCGGGUGGACCCUCCCCUCCGUAUUCUCCUUUGAUGAAGGCGUGCUUCCAGCAACCUCCAAGCGAAGCCCAACCCGGAUGUUCAUGCCCGAUAAGCCGCAUAGGUAUGGCUCAAAACUGUUUAUGCCGUGCGACUCCAGGAGCGCAUACUGUCACAGGUUUGAAAUGUAUGCCGGCAAGAGGAGAGACACUAAAGCUGAAACGGUAUUUGACCACAACACUGGCGCUGCCACUGUCGUCAGGAACUUGAAGACUGUGUUAGGCUCAAGUACAAGGCAACCAUGGCACGUUGAUCGGUAUUACUCAUCCAUUUUGCUAGCUAUCGAGCUUCUUAGCAUGCACGUGUACGUCAUCGGGACCAUUAGGACCAACCGACUUGGGUAUGAUCAGCGUGUCAAGGUGAAACGGCAGACUCGGCCAAGACGUAUACCUCGCGGCAGCUUUACCUACUCGUGCUCUGUUGCUAUUCCAAGCAUGGUGCCCUUCCAUUGGUGGGAUAGGAAGCCCGUGCAUUACUUGUGCACGGGGGUUGCAAUGACCGAGUCGAGUAUUGACCGCAAUAUCAAGCAGGUUGGCCGAAUUACUGUACCCUGUCCUGACGCAGUAAGUGACCACCAGCGUUGGAUGGGCGGAGUUGACGUCCAUGAUCAACUCCGCCUCCAGAAGCACUCACAACAAAUGUCUACAAAGUUCAAGAAAUACUACAAGAGCUUAUUUUUGGGCCUUCUCGAUCUCGCGCUAGUGAACGCCUACAUUUCGCACAAGGAGUCAGCGAGGAUUAGCGGGACGGUGGCGAUAAAACGAGGAGAAUGGUACAUUGUCCUUCACAACCAGCUUCUGCAACUCAAGGCAGAAAAUUUCUUGGGCGUAGAGGUAACUCCCCCGCCAAGCCAGAAACGUAAGCGAACGCCGCUGCGCGCGACCCACGCGCUUGAACAGUGUGAUGACUGGGUGACAGUGAGCGGCACACAAAAGCGGCGGCAAAGAUCUUGCAAGGUAUGCGCGCUCUUGCGCACCAAUACCAAGAAAAAGCCGUUCGUGACGACCUUCUUCUGCGAACGCUGCUCAAUCGAUGACACCAAAUGCUGGCUCUGCAAUAAGAUUCGACGGUACUACAAGGGCGUCGAGAAGACCUGCUUUGAAAUAUGGCACGACGAUUUCGAAGGCGGGUAA